AUGUCAACAAAUCUUGAAAAAAAUAUUGGUUCAGUAGGAGUUGAAGAGGAGGGUCAAAAACUCAAGGUCAUUGGGGAACUCAAUAGAAAGCCCUUUGAAGAACUUCUCACUAAAGGCAGUGAACAAUGGAGUUCCAUGCCCGUUGGUGGAGAUGCACCUGCAGCUGCUGCUGCUGCUUCUUCAGAAGAAAGAAGCCAUGGUAAAAAAAAAGAUGAAUCUGAUUCAGAGGAACAUGAUAUAGUUUCCCUGGUUCUUUUCGAUUUAUAA